CCAAACAUAAAGACAGUGACUCCAUUACAUGCUAUAUCACUUCUCCUUCCCCCACUACUCACUCCCUCCAAGACUCUACCACACCGUCCGCCGGAGCUUCGGAAACAGCGCCUCAAUGGCCCUAAAAUCCUUCAUCGACGUCGGCCCCGACUCUCACUUCCCGAUCCAGAACCUGCCGUUCGGGGUCUUCAGGCCGGACAGCGGCUCGCCGGCUCGGCCGGGGGUCGCGAUCGGGGACCACGUCCUGGACCUCUCCGCCGUCGCCUCCGCCGGCCUGUUCGGCGGCCCGAUCCUCGCCGGGUCCGAUUGCUUCCACCAGCCCAACCUUAACAAGUUUUUGGCACUGGGGCGGCCUGCGUGGAGGGAAGCUCGAACCACGCUGCAAAAGAUGUUGUCAUCGACUGAACCUGUGCUGCGUGACAACGCUGAGUUGAAGAAAAAAUCACUUUUUCCCAUGGACAAGGUGGAGAUGGUUCUUCCUAUUGCAAUUGGUGACUACACGGACUUCUUUUCAUCGAUGCAUCAUGCAAAGAACUGCGGGACCAUGUUUCGCGGGCCACAGGAUCCAAUUCCUCAGAAUUGGUUCCAUCUUCCCAUUGCUUAUCAUGGACGGGCGUCAUCUAUUGUUAUCUCCGGAACAAACAUCAUUCGACCAAGAGGUCAAGGUUACCCGAGUGGCAACUCUCCACCUUAUUUUGGACCUUCCUUGAAGCUAGACUUUGAGCUAGAAAUGGCUGCUGUUGUUGGUCCUGGAAAUGAAUUGGGGAAGCCUAUUGACGUUAACAAUGCUGCCGAUCAUAUAUUUGGACUUGUGUUAAUGAAUGAUUGGAGUGCUAGAGACAUUCAAGCUUGGGAAUAUGUGCCUCUUGGGCCUUUCCUUGGAAAAAGUUUCGGUACCACAGUAUCCCCUUGGAUUGUGACCCUAGAAGCUCUGGAAGCUUUUGCAUGCAAGGCACCGGAACAGGAGCCGAAGCCAUUACCGUAUCUAGCAGAAAAAGUGUCCAAGAAUUAUGACAUAUCUUUGGAGGUUCAGAUCAAACCUGCUGGACAGAAAGAUUCCUGUAUUGUCACGAAGAGUAAUUUCAAGAACUUAUAUUGGACGGUGACACAACAACUCGCACACCAUACAAUCAAUGGCUGCAACUUAAGGCCAGGUGAUCUCCUUGGGACAGGAACAAUUAGCGGACCGGAACCAGAAUCUCGUGGAUGCUUGCUGGAGUUGACUUGGAAUGGACAGAAUUCACUCUCACUAAAAGGGACUUCGCGCAAAUUUCUUGAAGAUGGAGAUGAAGUAACCAUUACUGGCCUUUGCAAAGGAGAUGGAUACACCGUCGGAUUUGGGGCAUGCUCUGGAAAGGUUGUUCCGGCACCUCAGUGAGUUCAUCGGCUGCGGUCGAGGGCAUUGUUGUUCUCAUUAGUACUAGAGUGAGAGUCCCUUAAGGAGUCGCUGAACUGUCCAGUUGCAACCUAUUUGUGGAACUCCAAUAAUGUACACUUUGGUUGAUAAAAAAAAUGCUCUCUCUCUCUC